AUGACUACGGGUGACCAAGAUAAUCCUCAAGUUUUGUUGACGCAAUUACUCAAAAGUGAAGAAGCAGAAUAUGACAACUUAAUAGCAAUAUUAGGAUUUGUUAAACCUAGUAAGAGCUCAAGAUCGACUUUGGCAGCUUUGUUGCGUGGGCUUUUGACGAAAAAUGGUAAACUUAUGUCUUUAUUAAGGAAGUAUACAAGCGAGCUCGUUGGAGAAGCAUCACAUGUGUUACUAGUGUUCAACAAUUUCAUCAGAGAAUUUGUUGAUUGGAUUGUUUCCGAUGUUGUAAUUCUCUUUGAAAAGUAUUACGCUCAGCUUUCAAGUGUUGAGGCUGAUUCAAUAGAGUCGGCAAAUAUAUCGAUAUUCAGCAAGCCAAUCUUGCAUUGCGCCAAUUACGUUAAGUUUAUACAGCAUGUUGUCAAUAUCAUUAGAAACCCUUUUAUUAUCGAGAAACUCGAGGAAACAAGUGAAGCGUACCGCCGGCUUCUUGAACGUUAUCGUCAUUACAUAGAAGUCAAGAAGUUGAACAACAUUAGUUUCAAUAAUGUGAGAGCCAUCGGUGGUGCAGGCUGUUCUGAAAAAAGUGAUAGUGUUUCUAGUUUUUUCAAUUUAUACCAGAUCGUUGAUCGAUCCAAGAAUGAACAAAUGCUCUUAUUAGAGAAUAUGUCUUCUAUUCCCUGUGAAUUGCUUUUCUUGUCUCUAUCUGUUGAUUCUAAGAGUGCAUUUAAUGCUUUGGCAAUUUUGUCCAUACCUAAAGAAGACCAUGAACCUAGAUCAUUGAUGUUUCCGCCAUUCAGAAUCAAUGAGUUUACAGUUAGACUUUACAAUUCCAAUUUAGUAUUAAAGGCUAUCGAUUUUGGUGCGAAGGAAUCUAAAUUUCAACUCACUUUGAGACCGCAUGAUGGAGAUAGAUGUAUGUAUUGGUUCAAGAAAUUAUCUGAAAUAUUUCCUGCUGUGACAAACGAUCACGAAAAUGAAUCUUUUGACCUUAAAGAUUUAGCUAUGAAGACAACAAUGGCAGGCUUGGGAAUCAAUGUCAUUUCUCCUUGUAGAAAUAAUACCGAAGAAGAUAAUGAUGAAUUUAAGGGUCUUAAUCUGAGCGAUUCAUAUUACUCGCUAAACGGAGUGAAAACAAAAAGGCUGUCCGUUUCUGGGGUACAGAAAAGUGAUGUAGCUCCAUCUAUCAAGUCGCGAGAACUCAGACCCUCCGAUGAAGAUCGAAAAUUUUCCUCUUCAUCUGGAUCUUCAGCCAAUUCCAUAAGAAGCCAGUAUGAUAGGUCACUCGAUAUAAUCAAUAAAGCGUUGUGCAGCACUGCCUCGCAGACUUCAGAGGCAGAUUCCAACGAUAGUCAAUAUUUAAAGAUUAUAAACAGAAAUGUUUAUGGUAUUGAAGAAGUCCAAGAGGAAAGGCCAAAGUCUUCAAGAGGAGAAGUGCUCUGUGUCGAAGAAGAGUCUGAAGCUGAACCUAAGAGUUAUUAUUUAAAUAAGAAUGAUUCUAUGCUUCAGCUUUCCAAUGAUUAUCAGAACAGAGUACAGAAUAAAUUUGCGUCAGUGCCAGAUUUAUCUGAGACGAAAAUCGUUAAUAGGGACAAUCUAUUCAUACUUUCAAAUGGCUCCGCUAUAAAUAUUACAAAUUUUGGGAAAGAUUUCAAUCCAAGCUUUAACAUUUCAAACACUAGGCUUGACAAAACUUCUAAACGGAAGUCUUUUUUUUCACUAUUUAAAAAAAAUACUACUAAAAAUAAUACGCAAGAGUCAACUCCGAAGGAACAUUCAAAUGUUUCUCCCACAGAUACGACUUUCAAUAGCAGUUGUGAAUCUACAUCUGUUGAUGGAGGAGAAAAUGUCUCAGUUGAAAGUUUGGUUAAAGAAGGGAAUGACAUAUAUGAUUCAGCAGUUUCGCAUUUACCUUCACCGUUUGCGUUACCAUCAUCGACUUCUACUUACUUUUUCAAACCAUAUGUCAAUGGAUCUUCGUCGAGUCUUGCAAAGUGUGCAAACGACUCUGAAGCAGAUUUGGAUAACAAUUGUGCUCAUGUGGAAGGCUUGGACAUUCCCCAAAAACUCAAGGAUUUGAUAAAUGAUGAUUCUUCGAUUGACUUUUACAUCUCACCUUCAUCUCCCAAAGCGAUGAAGAUUUCUAAGUGGAAACAAAAGUACGGAAAGUGGGAAAUGAUUACUCUUGAAGAAAAAUUAUUUUUGAAAAUAGUUGCUAAUUAUGACUUGAAUAAGGCUUGGUUGAUUCUUUUUGCAGAGGAAUUCGAUGAUGACACAAAAGAAGAGAUUGAUAUCCCGCUCUUGAUUUUGGAUAUAGUUUGUUCAAAAGUUUCUGUCAGACAAUCAUCCGCCUUGGACUUGCAAAUUUCGACUACAAACUCUAUUUCACUUCAGAAAAUGCAAAUCAUGAUCCGAUGUAAAACAGGGGAUCUUUCAAAUGCGAUAAUUAAUAAUAUUAACAAUAUUCUUGGCGUCCUCGAAUCAAACUCGUCUCGUACUGGCUUACAUGGAUCUAGAUAUACCUCAUCUGAUGGCACCUUAUCAUCAUCAGUCAUGGAUAAUAAGCCUAGCAAGUCUUCAACUUUGACAAGUUUACUGUCGUCUGUGGGAAACAAAGAAAGUAGUAUACAGAGCCCCAUUCAAUCUCAUAACAUGCAAAAAGAGUUUUCUUUACUAUCUAUCAGCUCAGAAGAUAUCACAAAUGCUAAUAUUAUAAAUAAUCCUGAAAAUACUAGGUUGGUUUUGCUAAAUCUGAUGCCGAUAAGAUUGCAAAAGCAUUUGGAGAAAAAUGGGAGCGUUAACAAUCCUUCGUCAUGGAAAAUAAUAUCAAUGUACUUAUUAAGUAUAUUUCUCAUAUCAGACUCUUUUACAGGUAAAAAUUUUUACUAUCUUGUCCUUAACGAUGGUGAAAAAGAUCAAGAUGAGAUAUGUUGGUUGAUUAGUGAAGAUGACAAAGCUUCUAGGAUAGAAAAGAUAGGAAGGGCAGGAUUACUUGUUCAAGUAACGGAUGAAGAUAUAUUUAUGAUCGAAUGCAGAGGUAAAAAACAGUUUAAGAGACUCUAUGACGUACUUUAA